AUAAUACUGGCAUAAUUGUAUUUAAUAUUAAUAAUGUAUCCACAAAGAAUAUCAAGAAGUUUUAUAAUACCCCAAACUAACCUAAGAAAUAUCCUUUUACGAAAACCAAACAAAUUGUAUGAAUAUGUGAUUCAAAAAUCCAUACUUAAUAUAAGAAAGUCAAAAAAUAUGUCCACAACAAUACAACACCUUAUAAGAAAACUACAUUUUAAUAUCUUUGUGAAAUAUGCAUUGCCUAACAGUUUUAAAGAUCAAUCGGCUAAUUUACUAAGAGUAUGGGCUCAUCAAUGUGAAUGUGUGGUUGUUCAAAGGCUUAGAAGAAGCCAACAAAUGAUUUCACUUUAUUCCCGAAUGUGGGGAGAAGGGGCUUUAAAGGAUCUUUUAAGAAAUAUGAAAUUAACAUUUUAUAAAAAAAACAAAGAACUUAUGCUGGGUGCAAUAGGUAUAUCAACUUAUAAUUGGGAAGACAAUCGAUUACCUGAGGCUGAGUUAAAAAAAUACUUAAAUGAUUUGGAUUAUAUCAAUAAAUUAAAAGAAAAGACUAUAUGCUCUGCAUGCGAUCCAUCAUCUAAAGAAAAACCAAAUUCAGCAAUUUGUAAUUGUAAUAAACCUGGGCAAGUUGACACUAGUAAAUCCUUUGAAAAUUGGUUUCCGUUUUUGGAAAAACAGGAUCUAGUAGUUUGGAGAAAAAUGCAUGAGUCUGGGAGUUAUGUAUACAAAGUUUUUGGUUCAUAUGCAGAUGUUUCAGCAGAAGAUUUUUUAAAUGUUCAAGUAGAUAAUAGUUAUAGAAAAAAAUGGGAUACAACUGCUGUAAUCCUGGAAACUGCAGAAACUGAUGAAAAACCAAAUUCAAAUAGUGAUAUUAUUUAUUGGGAAAUGCAGUGGCCUAGACUGUUUGCCAAUAGAGACUAUGUCUAUAAUCGACGUUACUUAGUGGACGAAAGUACAUCUACUUUAGUUAUUCUUAGUAAGAGUACUGUACAUUCUAAAUAUCCGAAAAGGACCGACACAUACCGCGUAGAGGACUAUUGGUCUAGAAUGGUUAUCAAACCGUAUACAGAAAUCGACAAACCAGGUGUGGAGUUUUGUUUAACCUACUACGAUAAUCCAGGUGUAAAUAUUCCGUCGUCAGUUACGAAUUGGGUGGCUAUGAGGGCAAUGCCGGAUUUUUUGGAUAGGUUACGGGAGGCAACACGAAAUUAUAAAGAAUAUUGCAUAAAGGAAGGCAUUAGUGAAGCAUGCAAAAUUAUUAAAGAGCGCAUUAUAGAAGAUACCGAGUUUUUAGAUUUUUGUUCGUGUAAUCAGGAACCCAUUAUUUUAAGCAAAAAGUUAAAUGGUAUAAGGAAAAAAAAGAAAAAUAGGAAAACCUCAGAUUCAAUAUUAAAUACACAGGAGGGUAUGGAAUCACCUGCUGCCACUUCAAACCAAGCUGAUAGUUACUGGAAAUAUCUACAUCCAUAUUACUAUUUUCAUUAACUAUAUACGCCAAACAUCAAGACUGUUA